AUGGCCGGUCUUCCACCUGAUCCUUACAAGGUGCUUGGUGUAAGCGAAGAUGCGCAAUUACGGGAAAUUCGUUCGGCACAUCGCAGGUUGAUCUUCGAAUGCCACCCAGACAGGGUGCAGGAAGCCAGUCGAAAAGCGCAGAUGCUAGCAGAAGUCCGGAGAGUUCAACAAGCGUACGGACUAUUGAGUGACGACGGGGAGUGGACAAAGUACCAUGAGCGGCGGGCUGUGGUCAGACUGAAGGUCGAGGCCGAAGUACGAAAAGUUCACCAGGAAGAAAUGGGAAAACGAGCAGCUCGUCUGCAUAACACACGCCAUUCCGAUACCGGCGCCGAGUAUAACAUAAUCGCAGCCUCUUUCGCUACCAGACUCGGGCUCAAAGUGCAGCACCGGAGUGGCGACGAGCGGAAGCUGCUUCGGAUGGCGAACGGGAAGCAGAUCCAGACAUGUGGUACUGUCGAGGCUGCUUGGCACUUCUCAAACUCAGCGAGGAAUGGCACUGGUGGGAGUGAUGGUUGGCGCAUUGUCUUCCACGUUCUCGGCGGUUUUGUCUACGACCUCGUACUCGGCAAUGGCUUUCUCAUGGAGACAAAGACGAUGUCCCACUUCAAGGAGCGGCUGGCUCGAAUCCCAAGGCCUCUCAGCGCGCUGUCAGUACUGCGGAUGAAUCUGCUUGGGGUGCCGAGCCAGCGCGUGCGCGGGACGCUCGACUCCGAGUGGCACUCGCUGGUCUGGGCCUUGCCGGACUCUGGCUCAGAGCCAAACCUGCUUUCGUGGGACUAUGUCCAGCGCCAGGGUUGGGCGGUGGCCAAGAUGGACAUGCUCGAUCGGCGGCUGCUCCAGUUCGCGGACGGCAGUGUCGACAAGACGGAGGGCUCGAUCACGGCGCGAUGGUCUUUCGCUCAUGCCAACGCGAGGGGUAGCCCGUUGGGUGCGAUACAGCAAGACGUCGAGAUCGAAUUCCACGUAAUGCGUGACUGCCCCUAUGACAUGAUCUUGGGCCAGGACGUGCUAGAGGAGACAGAUGCCUUCCUGGCGCACCAGGAGGCCUUCGGAUAUGUCACGUCUGACACAAAAGCGUCGGCGAUGAAUCUAGUUAUCUUCGCUAGGAAGAAGAAGACGACGACAGAUACAAGUGAAGAUCACGCACUCCACGAUGAGUUACAGCGACGCGCCAUGAAUGACCGUCUGCAGCGCCGAGAAGAGAUGAAUGAGGAUGUGGCAAGGCAAGUGGAAGCAGUGUAUCAGUAUGGCCAGGGGACGCAUUCCUCAACUCAGCCGUCAUCCUACCAAGGGCACGGUGUAAACGAAACCGCUUCGGGGGAACAUCAGAAAUGA